AUGGCUACUAAUGUAUUUUGCGAUUCCACGAAUUUAAAGGAAUCAAUUCAAUAUGUUAAUUAUAAACUAAAAGACAAUGGGAUUCUGCAAAACGAGAAAGUACGGUUUUCAGACGAUGUUAAAGACAAAUGUCGGGUUGUGAACGUUUUGUAUCAAUUACUGAGAAGAAACGAAGUUGAUGUUGAAGAAAAAGAAAAGUUGUUAGAAAGGAUUCAAACUGAUUCUAUUGAAUUUAGAAAGAAUCUGGAAUCAUCAAAACAAUUGCAACGAAACUUGGAACAAAGUUUAAAGGAGAGACAGGUCCAAGAGGAUAGAAUUAAUAUGUUGGAAAAGGAGAACAAAUUUUUAAAAAAAGAAAAUAAACAUACUAUGAAUUCCUUGGACAAAAAGAGCCAGAUAGAAGCCGCUAUGAAAGCAGAACUGUCAAUGUCACUCAAGAAACGUGAACAGCAGAUGGAAUCAUUGCGAGGAAACUAUGAUUCAAUAAAGCGACGGAAAGGAAAUAACUCGUAUUGUUCUUUGAUUAUAAAGGAACCACAAAAAUCGCAUGUAAACGCUCCUAUUUUACCAGUGACAUAUGACAAUGAAGAAAGUGAGCUACAAAAAGUUUCAAAACAUGAAGACUAUGAAGGAAGUUCCUUGUUUUUCCAGAAUAUUAAGAACCAAAAUCAGAAGCUCCAAAGGUGUUUGAAUGAUACAGUUUCGUCGUUAGAAGCUUUGCUUCGUCCCCUUUAUAAAUCAUACCCGGAUUCGCUUAUAAAAUGCUUUGAACAAAAUGCGGUUGUUUUGGAUGCAAGAUUGCAAAAUCAGAUUCGUCUUGUUAAAGAACUGUUAAAUCAGAAAAGAUACGUGUCCGUAGAGGAUCUGGAAUCAUUAACGGAUGAAUUGGAGAGUUCUUUGAAGUAUACUAGAAAGCUUGAGGAAGAAAACAAGAAACUAAUCGAUGGCUUGACCCAUGGUUAUGCACUUAUUUCUGACCAACUGGAUUACAAGCAACCCAUAAACAGAGGACAGGACGCCGGUUUAUUUGGAUGA